AUGAUGACGGCCACCGCCGGGCCAUCGGAUAUGCCAGAUCCGGAGAUCGUGCUCGAGCGGUUUGAGAAACUUCUUUGCAAGAAUGGCUUCAACCUGGCCCCGGAAAAACUGCGCGACAUGCGCGACAUGCCCGUCGAAAAAAAGUGGCAGGUGCUGAGGAACCAAGAUGAGACGCCUAGCGAAAGCGAGUCGAAGAGCCCGGCCUACUACCUCAGCCACCUGAGCACGUGCUCCGACUGGAAAUCGCUGAAAAAAAGCCUUAAAAAGACAGAUGGCAGCUCAGCUUUGUCGAUGCUCAAACGGAUGGAGAUUUCUCUGCGCACGAACACUGUCGAAUGGGUCUACACAUUCCUCGAUCCUCCACACAAUGGGCUCAAAGUACUGGUCGAUUACAUGGAUUGCCUGCUCGCUGAAGCCUCUGACCUCCCCAAAGCCCCAGCUGAGCCCGAGACUCCGCACAAGAUGAGCAAGAGCGAGCUGAAGCUCAAAGAAAAAGGGGCCAUGCUGUUCGAGGAACUGCACGCUUGUAUUUGUUGUUUCCGGGCUGUAAUGAACAAUAAGAAAGGGUUGCACAGUGUAUUUGAAAUGCCACAGUCUAUUUAUCAAAUGGUUCGGACGAUUCCGCACAGUAAUUUGAGGACCAAAACCCUUAUCGUCCAAAUGUUGGCCACGAUUUGCUUGGUGCAUGGUGGGCAGGAACUUGUUGAUGUUGCCUUCGAACGUUUCCAAAAGGAUCACCACGAGUCCAAGAAGUUCGAAGGAUUGUGUGACAUCAUCAGAAACCCAGGCGAAUAUAAUGUGGAAUUCUUGUGUUCGGCAAUCCAAUUUCUGAAUGUGUUCAUCAACUGUUCGGACGACUUCAAUCAGCGCGUGCAUUUUCAUUUUCACUUCAAACUCCUGGGAAUUGAGGAUUUCAUCGAGAGCCAACGGGAUAGCGCCUCAGAAGAACUUCAAGCUAAACUUGCCGCUUAUGAUGAAUCAAUUAUCGAAGUCGGACAAUUGUUGGAUGAUCGUAGAGACAAAGAGGAAUAUAUGGAAGAGAAGAAGAAACUGGAGGAACAGCUUUCCAGCGUCCGCGAGCAAAAGCAAGAGCUUGAAUCGAUCAUCAUUGCCGAUAGAAAUACCCUCAACAAUACGAUCAAGAAACUGAUUAUCGAGCGCGACCAGAUUGAGGCUCAGUAUGAGAAGGACAAGGGUUCUUGGCAGAAGACGUUAUCUGAGAAAGACCGUGAGGCAAUGACGCUAGAGAAGAAACUGAAUCAACGAAUUCAAGAGCUAGAGAACCUCCAGAAGCAGCAAGAGCUGGGGCCAGCCUCGAAUGAUGUGGUCCAAAUGAAAAAGGCCUUCCACACCAAGAACGAUCUGCGGUGUCUCAAUUGGAAUCCAAUGAUGCCGAACCAGGCUAAAGAUACUGUUUUUGCCCAGCUCAACGAUGAUGCGCUUAUUGAGAAACUGAACUUCUCGGCAUUGGAAGAGCACUUUAUGGUUGCUAGCAAUCCCAACAAGAAAGCUCCCGCAUCUCGCGAUCGAAGCCCCGGUUCCAGUGGCAGUCAACAGAAUGCAUCCACCCUCGACAGAAAUCGCCAGCAACAAAUUUUGCUUGUCAAACGCGCCCUUCCAAGCGCUGAUGAUAUCAUGAGCGCCGUCCAUCUUUACGAUAUGAAUGUGUUGGGCGUCGAGGAAAUUGAGAAGAUCCUUUCCAUCCUGCCGACCCCGGAGGAGAAGAGCAAAAUUGACGAUCUCAAAGCGCGCAAUCUGUUCGACAGCUUGCCCCAGGCGGACCGGUACAUCUCUCAGCUUGGGGAUAUCGAGAGGAUCCAGGCGAAGCUGCGCUGGAUGCAGUUUAUUCACGAGUUCCCGCCUUUACUUUCUGCUCUCUCAUCGGAUCUCUCAAAGCUCCAAACAGCAUCGGCUUCUCUACACCAAUGCAAAGGAUUUCAUAAAGUGUUGGAGGUCGUGCUCGCCUAUGGCAAUUAUUUGAAUGGCGGAAAACGCGGAAGUGUUUACGGCUUCAAGCUGUCUUCGUUGGAUGAAGUGUGCAGCAUGCAUUCGCGUGAUAAGAGCGUGCAACUCAUGAACAUCCUCUACGACGAGAUCGAAAAGAACUGGCCCACAGCCCUGAAAUUCACCGAGGAGCUCAAGCCGACCGCUGACGCAACGAAAAUUGAACUGGAUAUAAUCCGGAGCGAAGUGAAGCGCCUCGUCACACAGUGGAACCAAGUCAAAAUGGAGCGCACGACGAAGGGUGAUGAAUGCCCGGAGAAUUUGCGAAAGUUUGUCGAUGAAAAUGGGCCGUCAAUUGUCAAGUUGGAGGAGGACACGCAGAAGGCUAUUAAAGCCUACGAAGACGUGGUCAACUUCUAUGGCGAUAGCCUGAAGACAACCAGCCCAGCGGCCUUUUUCGGUCGAAUCGUCAAGUUCUCGCGAAGUUUCACUGAUGCUGGAGAGGAGAAGAAGAGGCAGGAGGCGGCGAAGAAGAAAGCGGAAGAACAGGCGCACGAGGAGCGCGGCCGUCCGAACGGGUUGAAGAAGGGCAUGAAUUCUGUGAUGGGUGAACUGGCAGCUCGGCUUGGAACGAAAAACGAAAAACGCGACUCCCGCCUCGACAUCAAGAGCGUACAGCAUGGCGACUUCGACAAACUGCUACAAGGCCUCAACACUUCGCCCUACGUGCCAGAAGGGGUUCGCCGGAAGGGUCGCUCAUCGUCACGCCCUUCAGCCAAUCGGGUAGCGCCGAAGCCGGUGUUGGUCGACGACGAUCGGGAACGCCAU